AUGGAAGAGGAUCUAAAUCCUCGAGAGUUGCCAGAUUUUUUUAUACAAAUUGUAUAUUCUCAAGUAGACAGUGAAACACCAGUAGUUGAUUCCCCGUUCUCCUCACCAAGCAGUGAGACUGAUGACCCCUACGUCGACAAACUUGACUCGACCGUACAACAUUCAAAUGGAACCAUCUCCUUUCCAGACCUUGAACAGCUGUUGUCUUUGGCAUUUCGCCAGAGCCGACUUCCAGUUAUUGUUAACAAGAUGGGACAUUUGUGGAGAACCUGUCGUCGGCUCGAUGACAGCAUCACUAGCUUCUCGAAAGCCACUUCCGAUUUAACAACUCUCCACCGGGAUAUUCGGUUCUUGCUAACCUUUCUUAAGGAGGAUUCUUCUAAUAAAUUCUGCCCUCAUCAUGAAUUGCUGAAAUUUAUGAAAGAUGUUGCAGAUAGAGCAAGGGUUCCUGUCGAACAAUGUAUGGUAGACUACCAAAUCGAGUCCAUUAUGACGUACCCCUUUUGCUUAUUGGCUGGGAUUCCUGCAAAAUUACAAGAUUCUGGAAAGAUUCUUGAGUGUGCAGUGGACAGGAUUUUCUACGGAAAGAAGGGCAUUUGCCAAUAUUUGGUGCAGGCAUCAAUGCAGAUUCAACCCAUUAAAGAAAUGAUUACAAAUAUAAAUGAUGAGAGUUCAAGUGCGCACACAUCAAUUAGCAGCAUAUCUCUACGCCAUUCAAAUAAGGACGACAUUGUGGUGGGUCUUGAUGAUGAACUGGUUAGCCUCCUGGAGGGACUCACCAGAGUGCCAUCAGGGCUAGAAAUUGUGACCAUUUUAGGGAUGGGCGGCAUUGGUAAGACAACUCUUGCUCGAAAAGCUUUUCGUCAUUCUUACACUGAAUAUCACUUCUAUUGCCGUGCAUGGAUCACAGUUUCCCAAGUAUAUCAAGUCAGAGAUUUGUUACUGGGCCUUUUGGGCUGUCUUGGUCACUCCAAUGAUAAAUUGGUAGGGAAAAACGACGCUCAAUUGGCUGAAGUUGUGUACAGAAGUUUGAAAGGUAAGAGGUACUUGAUUGUUAUGGAUGACAUAUGGAGUAUCGAUGCUUGGAAUGAUGUCAAAAGAUGCUUUCCUGAUGACAAAACUGGUAGUAGAAUCUUAUUAACCAGCCGCGUUACAGAAUUGGCUAGCUACAUCAAUGCAAAGAAGCCUCCUCAUUGUAUGAGUCUUCUGGAUACUGAGCAGAGUUGGGAACUGUUGGAGAAGCUUGUAUUUGGGAUAGCAAGUUGCCCGCCUGAAUUGGAGAAAUGUGGAAAGCUUAUAGCUAAAAGAUGCCAAGGACUACCUCUAGCAAUUGUUGUAAUGGCUGGUGUUCUUUCACGUGUCGUCAGGACAUAUGACUGUUGGAAUAAUUUUGCAGAGACGGUAUGCGCAAUCAUCUCCACUAAUCCAGAAGAAUGCCUGGAUAUACUUGCUUUGAAGGGAUUCUUGGAUCCCCAAUCUUCAGAAAAUUUAGAACAGGUGGCAGAGGAGUAUUUGGAAGACCUUAUUGGUAGAAACUUAGUUUUCAUUGAAAAGGAGUGUUUUGGAGGAAAAGUCAAGACCUGUCGUCUCCAUGAUUUCUUACGUGAAUUAUGCUUGAGAGAAGCACAGAAAGAGGACUUCAUGCAUGUGAUACAAAAGAGAGGUACCAAACGCUCUCGAGUAGGCUUGCGUAAUCAGCAUCGCCUCAGUUUCCAUUUGGAUCCUUACAGUGAUGUGGCUGCGGCACCUGGAAUCCCACACGUCUCGUCUUUUAUGUGUUUCACAUUGGGUACUAAUAUUGUUCCGAAUAUUCUGUUCUUUCAACUAGGCUUUAAGGUGCUUAGAGUAUUAGACAUAUUCUUUCUGCAUUUUGAUUACUUCCCUGCCCGAAUACUAAAACUGAUUCAUUUGAGGUAUCUUGCGCUGAGUGCUACUUAUGAGCUUCCUGCAUCAGUAUCACAACUAAGGAAUCUCCAAACGUUGGUGAUUCAUGGUCCAUGGCACUGCCGGGAGUCUGGCAGUAGCCCAACAUUGUUACUGGAGUAUUGGAGUAUGCCUUCAUUGAGGCAUCUCCAGUGUAGCGUGACGAUUUAUUUGAAGAAUCCUCCUGGAGGAGCUAAUAGUGAACUCCCUCAGCUAUUUGUUCCAAAAAACCUACAAACUCUCUCUACCAUCAAAUUUUCAUCUGCAUGA